AUGGCUGCAUGUGAUAUACAAGAUGAUGCUGGCAAAAGUUUUAACAGUCUUGAAGGGUUUCUUGAUCAUAUUUCCAGAGAGAAGGACAAGGAGAUGAAGCAAUUGAAAGAAAAUGAAACAACCAAAAAGGGCAUAAUUGAAGUACGCCCAGAAGAAGAAAGAGAAGGAGAUAAGAGUCAAGUGAAAGAAACGACGAAAAUGGCUGCAUGUGAUAUACAAGAUGAUGCUGGCAAAAGUUUUAACAGUCUUGAAGGGUUUCUUGAUCAUAUUUCCAGAGAGAAGGACAAGGAGAUGAAGCAAUUGAAAGAAAAUGAAACAACCAAAAAGGGCAUAAUUGAAGUACGCCCUGAAGAAGAAAGAGAAGGAGAUAAGAGUCAAGUGAAAGAAACGACGAAAAUGGCUGCAUGUGAUAUAGAAGAUGAUGCUGGCAAAAGUUUUAACAGUCUUGAAGGGUGUCUUGAUCAUAUUUCCAGAGAGAAGGACAAGGAGAUGAAGCAAUUGAAAGAAAAUGAAACAACCAAAAAGGGCAUAAUUGAAGUACGCCCUGAAGAAGAAAGAGAAGGAGAUAAGAGUCAAGUGAAAGAAACGACGAAAAUGGCUGCAUGUGAUAUAGAAGAUGAUGCUGGCAAAAGUUUUAACAGUCUUGAAGGGUGUCUUGAUCAUAUUUCCAGAGAGAAGGACAAGGAGAUGAAGCAAUUGAAAGAAAAUGAAACAACCAGAAAGGGCAUAAUUGAAGUACGCCCUGAAGAAGAAAGAGAAGGAGAUAAGAGUCAAGUGAAAGAAACGACGAAAAUGGCUGCAUGUGAUAUAGAAGAUGAUGCUGGCAAAAGUUUUAACAGUCUUGAAGGGUGUCUUGAUCAUAUUUCCAGAGAGAAGGACAAGGAGAUGAAGCAAUUGAAAGAAAAUGAAACAACCAAAAAGGGCAUAAUUGAAGUACGCCCUGAAGAAGAAAGAGAAGGAGAUAAGAGUCAAGUGAAAGAAACGACGAAAAUGGCUGCAUGUGAUAUAGAAGAUGAUGCUGGCAAAAGUUUUAACAGUCUUGAAGGGUGUCUUGAUCAUAUUUCCAGAGAGAAGGACAAGGAGAUGAAGCAAUUGAAAGAAAAUGAAACAACCAAAAAGGGCAUAAUUGAAGUACGCCCAGAAGAAGAAAGAGAAGGAGAUAAGAGUCAAGUGAAAGAAACGACGAAAAUGGCUGCAUGUGAUAUAGAAGAUGAUGCUGGCAAAAGUUUUAACAGUCUUGAAGGGUGUCUUGAUCAUAUUUCCAGAGAGAAGGACAAGGAGAUGAAGCAAUUGAAAGAAAAUGAAACAACCAAAAAGGGCAUAAUUGAAGUACGCCCUGAAGAAGAAAGAGAAGGAGAUAAGAGUCAAGUGAAAGAAACGACGAAAAUGGCUGCAUGUGAUAUACAAGAUGAUGCUGGCAAAAGUUUUAACAGUCUUGAAGGGUUUCUUGAUCAUAUUUCCAGAGAGAAGGACAAGGAGAUGAAGCAAUUGAAAGAAAAUGAAACAACCAAAAAGGGCAUAAUUGAAGUACGCCCAGAAGAAGAAAGAGAAGGAGAUAAGAGUCAAGUGAAAGAAACGACGAAAAUGGCUGCAUGUGAUAUAGAAGAUGAUGCUGGCAAAAGUUUUAACAGUCUUGAAGGGUGUCUUGAUCAUAUUUCCAGAGAGAAGGACAAGGAGAUGAAGCAAUUGAAAGGAAAUGAAACAACCAAAAAGGGCAUAACUGAAGUACGCCCUGAAGAAGAAAGAGAAGGAGAUAAGAGUCAAGUGAAAGAAACGACGAAAAUGGCUGCAUGUGAUAUAGAAGAUGAUGCUGGCAAAAGUUUUAACAGUCUUGAAGGGUGUCUUGAUCAUAUUUCCAGAGAGAAGGACAAGGAGAUGAAGCAAUUGAAAGAAAAUGAAACAACCAGAAAGGGCAUAAUUGAAGUACGCCCAGGAAGAAGAAGAGAAGGAGGUGCGAGGGAGUGUGGGUGCGGAAGCAACAAAAAUCCUGUGUUACCGAUCAUAAGAGUCAAGUGCAAAGAAACGACGGAAAUUGGCUGCCAUGUGAUAUACAAGACUGAUGCUGGCAAAAGUUUUAACAGUCUUGAAGGGUUUCUUGAUCAUAUUUCCAGAGAGAAGGACAAGGAGAUGAAGCAAUUGAAAGAAAAUGAAACAACCAAAAAGGGCAUAAUUGAAGUACGCCCAGAAGAAGAAAGAGAAGGAGACAAGAGUCAAGUGAAAGAAACGACGAAAAUGGCUGCAUGUGAUAUAGAAGAUGAUGCUGGCAAAAGUUUUAACAGUCUUGAAGGGUGUCUUGAUCAUAUUUCCAGAGAGAAGGACAAGGAGAUGAAGCAAUUGAAAGGAAAUGAAACAACCAAAAAGGGCAUAACUGAAGUACGCCCUGAAGAAGAAAGAGAAGGAGAUAAGAGUCAAGUGAAAGAAACGACGAAAAUGGCUGCAUGUGAUAUACAAGAUGAUGCUGGCAAAAGUUUUAACAGUCUUGAAGGGUUUCUUGAUCAUAUUUCCAGAGAGAAGGACAAGGAGAUGAAGCAAUUGAAAGAAAAUGAAACAACCAAAAAGGGCAUAAUUGAAGUACGCCCAGAAGAAGAAAGAGAAGGAGGUGGAGGGGUGUGCGGGGAAGCAAACAAAAAUCCUGAUAAGAGUCAAGUGAAAGAAACGACGAAAAUGGCUGCAUGUGAUAUAGAAGAUGAUGCUGGCAAAAGUUUUAACAGUCUUGAAGGGUGUCUUGAUCAUAUUUCCAGAGAGAAGGACAAGGAGAUGAAGCAAUUGAAAGGAAAUGAAACAACCAAAAAGGGCAUAACUGAAGUACGCCCUGAAGAAGAAAGAGAAGGAGAUAAGAGUCAAGUGAAAGAAACGACGAAAAUGGCUGCAUGUGAUAUACAAGAUGAUGCUGGCAAAAGUUUUAACAGUCUUGAAGGGUUUCUUGAUCAUAUUUCCAGAGAGAAGGACAAGGAGAUGAAGCAAUUGAAAGAAAAUGAAACAACCAAAAAGGGCAUAAUUGAAGUACGCCCUGAAAAAGAAAGAGAAGGAGAUAAGAGUCAAGUGAAAGAAACGACGAAAAUGGCUGCAUGUGAUAUACAAGAUGAUGCUGGCAAAAGUUUUAACAGUCUUGAAGGGUUUCUUGAUCAUAUUUCCAGAGAGAAGGACAAGGAGAUGAAGCAAUUGAAAGAAAAUGAAACAACCAAAAAGGGCAUAAUUGAAGUACGCCCAGAAAAAGAAAGAGAAGGAGAUAAGAGUCAAGUGAAAGAAACGACGAAAAUGGCUGCAUGUGAUAUAGAAGAUGAUGCUGGCAAAAGUUUUAACAGUCUUGAAGGGUGUCUUGAUCAUAUUUCCAGAGAGAAGGACAAGGAGAUGAAGCAAUUGAAAGAAAAUGAAACAACCAGAAAGGGCAUAAUUGAAGUACGCCCUGAAGAAGAAAGAGAAGGAGGUGGAGGGGUGUGGGGGGAAGCAACAAAAAUCCUGGUUACCGAU